AUGUUUACUUCUCCUUCUACUUCUACUUCAGUCAAACGAACAUUCGAUCAAUCCGAAGACCUCUCCACCAUGAUAAUAACGAUUAAAAAAAAUUAUAAUUAUUAUCUCGACUUAUCAAAUUGGCAACUCAACACCGAAGUUGAUGAAGAUGCAUAUGUUGAGGCAUUUCCUCUUCUUUCAGAUCAUUAUGAAUCAUUCGAUGGUAUUCAAGAAUGGCGAACUACCAUAUUGCAAGGUCCUAAAUCUGGUGCAAAAAUCGCUUUUGAUAAAUCAUCUUUUGCACCUGUUCUAUAUUAUUGUCCAUAUUGUAAUCAUUUUCGAAAGAUAAAUUUUUGCAAACACUGUAAAAAAUCUAUCGAUGAUGAUGAUUUUGAUUCCGAAUCUAACGAAUCUGCAACAUUAUCUUCAAUAAUAAUAAUAACUGAAGAAUUUCAAAAAUCCCUUAAAAACAAAGGAAUUUUUGACAAUGUGAUUGAAAAAUAUUCUGCAAAAUAUAUUACAUCUCAAUCUAGAACAGUGGAAAAUAAAAAUAUCUUUUGGUCUGACAAUGAAUUGCAAAUGGACGACAGUGACAAUGAAUUUAUUAUUUAA